UUUAUGCCCGUUACUACCGCUGCUGCUGCAUAUAUGAUUUCGGCAAUGAAGUCUCUUCAAGUUUUAUUCCCAAAAAUGCUACACGUUACAUGUUUUGCCCAUGGAUUGCAUCGAUUGGUAGAAUUUAUUCGUUCAGAGUUCCAUGAAGGAAAUUUGCUGAUAUCAAAAGUAAAAGCUGCCUUCGUCAAGUCAACAGCUCGACGACAGCUGUUUAAGCAAUCAAAUCCGGACAUUCCACUGCCACUCGAACCAAUUGUCACUAGAUGGGGAACUUGGCUACAAGCAUGUGAUUACUACGCUGACAAAUUUGACGCUAUAAAAUCGGUUGUUGAUUAUUUGAAUGGUGCAGAUUCGGAAUGUAAUCAAGAUGGAAAAAAAAGCGUUUCGAGCGUCCAAUAUUCGACAAGAUUUGGCAUUUAUAAAAGCUAACUUCACGUUCAUCACAGACAAGAUCAAAACAUUAGAAUCGAAAGGACUUGAAUUGAAAAAGUGUAUAGAGCAGUAUGAAGAAAUCCAUUCUAUCUUAGGCACAAUGACCGACGGCCGUUUUUUGAAGAAGUUCGAAGAAGUGUUAUCUCGGAAUAUUGGAUAUAGUUCUUUGCUUGAAAUUAAUUAUAUUUUGACGGAGAUUCACGAGCUAGUGCUUCGAAUGAAUAUAUAACAGCAUUGACACCAUGUGAAAUAACAUUUUUUAAAUUUGCUGUUGCUACAUCGGUGGAUGUAGAACGUUCCUUCUCAACCUACAAGACAAUUUUAACUGAAAAAUGGCGGAGUUUUUCGUUCGAUAGUCUGAAACACUAUCUUGUUUUGACUUGCAACAAUGAAUUACUAUAAGUAUCUGGCUAACUAAAAUAAAUAUGUUUACUAACCCAGGAGAAAACACUUCCUUUUUUGCAUUUUCGGUAUUUUUUGAGAGAUUUUCUAAUAUUAUUUUGUGCUUUUUUGCAUGUUUUCAUACAUUUUUUCGUGCAUAUUUUGUCUUUUUUUGCAUUUUUUCGUGCAUAUUCCAGAGUUUUUCAUGCAUUUUUGCAUGCAUAUUUUGGCCUUUUAUUUUGCAUGACUAUCACAGCUCUAGUUAUAAUAAUGACCCAUGCAUUUUGAAUUAGAAUUGAAUUUUUAGUUAACAUGAGUAAUUAGGUGCGCUGCUGGUUGAGUACACACGUCGCAACGUCUAGGCUAUGCUUUAUGCAUACAAAAAUGUUAUUUAUUUACAUAAACAACGCGAAGCAGCUGUGCUAUACAAAUAUGGGCUUAUUAUACACUUUAAUAGGGUAUUAUCACGCAAGCAAAAUAUAUAAAAAUAGACGGCUUAAUAGAGCCGGGAAUUAAGUGAUGGAGCGUUUUAACGAAAGAUAUUUGGCGUUUAUAGGUUUUUGACGUACAUCAAAAUAUGCUUAAGUUAUUAAGUUGACACAGAGUUCUUCCCUUCUAACAAAAGCCUUAAAUAAGCUAAGU